AUGUCAGGACUCAUCCGGAGCUCAGGGCACAGCCAGCACGCUGCCCAGGAGUACAGGCUCUUAGCUUCUGAUCCCUCCCAGCUGAGUGAAGAUGACCUCCCCAGUGACUUGCAGUCCUUGUCGUGGCUGACAUCUGUUGAUGUUCCUCGGUUACAACAGAUGGCCAGUGGAAGAAUGGAUUUUGGCCUUGGUGCCCAGAAUGCAAUGUUACAGCAGACAGGUCCUAUGGCAAGCAACAUGCACUCCACAGGAGCACCUGGAGCAAUGAUUCAUGUCCAGGCCAGCCUGCCACAAGGAGUCCUGGGACUGAAUUCUAUUUCAUCACAUGGAGCCAAUAUGAGCCAGUACUCUGUAGGUGGGCAGCCCUCUCCUAGUUUGCAGACACAGCAGCAGCUCUUCCCUCCUCAUCCACAGCAAGUGUUUGCCAUAGCCCAGAAUACACAGCAGUGUAACCCAGCAGCAAUCUACAACACAUCGUAUGGCACCCAGCCACAUUAUCCUCAGCCUCGCCUGGCUCCUCACUCAGCCCAAGAACUGCAUCCAAAACAUUACCCCAAGCCCAUCUAUUCAUACAGUUGCUUAAUUGCAAUGGCAUUGAAGAACAGCAAAACGGGCAGUCUCCCUGUGAGUGAGAUCUACAGCUUCAUGAAGGAACACUUUCCCUACUUCAAGACAGCCCCUGAUGGCUGGAAAAACUCCGUGCGUCAUAACCUGUCCCUGAAUAAGUGCUUUGAGAAGGUGGAGAACAAAAUGAGUGGCACCUCGCGCAAGGGAUGUCUGUGGGCUCUCAAUCCUGCCAAGAUUGACAAAAUGGAAGAGGAGAUGCAGAAGUGGAAGCGGAAGGACUUAGCUGCUAUUCACAGGAGCAUGGCUAACCCAGAGGAGCUGGACAAGCUGAUUACUGACAGACCUGAGAACUGCAGGCGGUCCAGUAAGCAGGCAGAACCUGAGAUCUCUACCCUGACCCACAUGGCAGCAGCCCAAGGCCGAAUCUCCAUCUCCCAGCUGCAGCCCCAACCGAUCAUGACGCUCUCUCUGCAGUCUGUCCCUCUGCAUCACCAGAUCCAGACCCAGGCUCGCAUCGCGCCGGACUCCCCAGCACCUGCACAGACUCCUCCUCUCCACACUCUGCCUGACAUCAGCCACAGCCCUCUGCCCCACCACCCCAUGGGCCGUGCCCCUCCCGACUUCCUGAACGUGACCACAGACAUGAACACGGAGGUGGAUGCUCUGGACCCAAGCAUUAUGGAUUUUGCAUUGCAAGGUAACAUAUGGGAGGAAAUGAAAGAUGACAGCUUCAGCCUUGACACACUGGGUGCCUUCAGCAACUCUCCCCUGCACCUCUCAGACUGUGACCUGGGCACUCCUGGCCUCACCCCCAUCUCCAGUGGCAGCGAUCACUCCUUGUCAGACUUUCAGGUCACAGGCCUUUAUACCACUUACACCUCCGUGGACAACGUAGCAGCAGCUCAGUACAUGAACCCUCAAGGCAACAAGCCCAUCGCUCUGCUCUAAAUGUUGCACCAUUCCAUGGACCUUGAAUUCAGGGGCCAGUUUCUCCCAACCCUUAAAAUCCAACCUGAAAGCAAUAAACGGCUCCUCCUGCAGACACUUGGAAAUGUUGGCUGUUUACUGGGACACAGCACGCAAUGCCAAAAUAACUCAAACCAGUGGAGUUCUGCUGUACCUUUCAUCCAUGGAUGGUUGUGUUGCAGGGCUGGUGAGCUCUUAAGGACUUGGAAGGCAUCAGUCAGCAGGAACUUCUACUAGAAUGGAGCUGAGCUGAAAACUAGUCCAGUUAAGGAGAACACGUUUGCUUGACGUUCUAAUCUAAACUUACUUGUUGAUGUUGUUCUGUUGUCACACACACAGAGGCCAACACAACUCAAUGGCUGGAUCAGCACCAAGUUCACAUCCAAAAAGGUUGAUCUGGUACCAUGUUCAUCUUUCUUCUCAUGUUGCCAAAUGACUGCUGCCUUGAACAAAGAUCACACGCAGGCUCUGGAGGCAUUUGCACCUCUAACACUUUUCUGAUGUAACUGUUGCUAACUUAUUGUUAUGAGCUAGGGGGGAAAAAAAAGGAGCAAAAAGAUUAUUAAUGAGAAAUCCAUAGCAGACAACUGCUGUGUCUAGGGCUUAAAACAAAGCCCUUACCCAGGAAGGAACCGGUACUACUGAAUGAUGAAGCUGAUCACUGGCUAGAAGCUUUUAGGAAUUAUGCCUAUUUUUAGGACUUGUUUUAAAAAAGAUUAGAUUUGCCUUUUUUAUAGUACUGUGCAUUGUGCUUCUGUCCAUUUUUGUG